AUGGCCGAACUCGACACUCUGGACAUUAUUGUCCUCGCCGCCAUUCUUCUCGGAACCGUCGCGUACUUCACCAAAGGCAAGCUAUGGGGCGUCACCAAGGACCCCUACGCGAGCUCGCUUGCGAAUGCCAAUGGGGCAAAGGCGGGCAAGACGCGGAACUUGAUCGAGAAGAUGGACGAGUCGGGCAAGAACUGCAUCAUUUUCUACGGGUCACAAACCGGCACCGCCGAGGACUACGCUUCCAGGCUCGCCAAGGAGGGCAAGAGCCGCUUCGGGCUCGAGACCAUGGUAGCCGACCUUGAGGAUUACGACUACGAGAAUCUCGACUCCGUCCCCAGCGACAAGGUUGUCAUGUUCGUCCUGGCCACCUACGGCGAGGGCGAGCCGACUGACAACGCCGUCGACUUCUACGAGUUUAUAACCGGCGACACUCCGACCUUUACUGAAGACAGCGAUCCUCCCCUGGCAAAUCUCAACUUUGUCGCGUUCGGCCUUGGCAAUAACACUUACGAGCACUACAACUCCAUGGUCCGAAACGUCACCAAGGCGUUAGAGAAACUGGGUGCCCAUCGCAUUGGAGAAGCUGGCGAGGGAGACGACGGAGCUGGUACCAUGGAGGAAGACUUUUUGGCCUGGAAGGACCCCAUGUGGAAGGCUCUGCAGGAGAAGAUGGGUCUGGAGGAGCGUGAGGCUGUCUACGAACCCGUCUUUGGCAUCGUUGAGAGGGAUGGCCUUACCAAGGAUUCGCCCGAGGUCUACCUCGGAGAGCCCAACAAGAUGCACCUCGACGGAUCCCCCAAGGGCCCCUUCAACGCCCAUAACCCGUAUAUCGCGCCCAUCAACAAGUCCUACGAGUUGUUCUCCGUCAAAGACCGCAACUGCCUGCACAUGGAGGUCGACGUCAGCGGCUCCAACCUGAGCUACCAAACCGGCGACCAUAUUGCUGUCUGGCCUACUAACCCUGGUGAAGAGGUUGACCGCUUCCUGGACGUGCUUAGCCUGACUGGCAAGCGCAACACCGUCAUUAGCGUCAAGGCUCUCGAACCCACGGCUAAGGUCCCCUUCCCGACACCGACUACCUAUGAUGCCGUUGUUCGUUACCACAUGGAAAUAUGCUCACCCGUCUCGCGCCAGUUCCUCGCCACUCUCGCUGCAUUUGCCCCUGAUGAAGAGACAAAGGCUGAAAUGACCAAGCUUGGCGGAGACAAGGACUACUUCCACCAAAAGGUCAACGUCCACCACCUGAACAUUGCCAGAGUGUUGCAGACCGUCGGCAAGGGCAAGAAGUGGACAAACGUCCCCUUCUCUGCACUGAUCGAGGGCGUCACGAAGCUGCAGCCGCGCUACUACUCGAUAUCUUCCUCGUCUCUGGAGCAUCCAAAAGUAAUUUCCAUCACUGCCGUAGUAGAAUCUCAGCACCUUCCCGGUCGCGAGGAUCCAUUCAAGGGAGUUGCCACCAACUAUUUGUUAGCUCUCAAGGAGAAGCAGAACGGCGACCCCAGCCCUACGCCUUUUGGUCUCAGUUACGAGAUUACCGGUCCCCGAAACAGAUAUGACGGCAUCCAUGUUCCCGUACAUGUCCGCCACUCUAACUUCAAACUUCCCUCGGAUCCUACCAAGCCUGUUAUCCUUGUCGGCCCCGGAACCGGUGUCGCGCCAUUCAGGGGGUUUGUCAGGGAACGCGUGAAGCAGGCACAGAAUGGAGAGACGGUUGGAAAGACCAUCUUGUUCUUCGGAUGCCGAAAACGCUCCGAAGACUUCCUGUAUGAAAAGGAAUGGGAGGAGGCCAAGCAAGUUUUGGGUGACAAUUUCGAACUUGUCGUAGCCUUUUCUCGAGAGGGAGCUAAGAAGGUGUACGUUCAACACUUGCUGAAGCAGCGAGCCGAAGAGAUCAACGACUUGUUGCUGAAGAAGGCAUAUUUCUAUGUCUGCGGCGACGCGGCCAACAUGGCUCGCGAGGUCAACACCGUUUUGGGCCAAAUACUCGCCGAGAAGCGCGGGAUUUCCGAUUCCAAGGCCGAAGAAAUCGUCAAGAACAUGAGAGCUGCAAACCAGUACCAGGAGGACGUCUGGUCAUAG